ACUUGACGACAACAGGUUUUUGUUUUUUGUUUUUAAUGUUUUAGUGCCCUUUAAAAAAAAAUCCACACUACGUCCCAACCUAACUCCAAGAUUCUCAGCUCCUCAAGGACAGGGAUAGUGUCCAGGCACUGUUAUAACUCCAGCAAUUUCUAGCGCAUUUCCCAACACAAGCAGGGCUCCUGUAACUACACAUUGCCUUGGUUAAGCAGCCACUAAAGCCGUCUCACUGUGCAUAAUGACUGAGCACACUGAGGUGGCCAUUAGGCCACAAUCUUCUCAUUUAGUGAUUGUCUUUCUGAGGCAUAGCUUAUAAAAUGCCUGUGAAGCUCUCUACCAAUAUUUGGAGCUAUAUACUUAGAGUGUAUUGUAGGUAAAUAACAGGGAAAGAAUUAAAACGUAUGGAAAAAGAGGUGGAUCCUAGAAGCACUGAUUACAGUAAUAUUCAGGCAAGGCAGAACUGAUCAUGGUUCUCUGAAAUGUCAUAGCCUAAUAACCCAAGUUCUCCUGAGGAAUUGCCUAGAACCAUAAAGGUCCUGUUGUGAAAAUGAAGAUUAGUGGGGCUGGUGCUUUAGAUAGGCAGAAUUCCCAAAUUUUCUUUCUUCCCUCCUUCCUGUGGUCAGUGGUGACCACCUGCCAAGGAAGGAUCAAUAUAUUUUUGUCUGCUUCACCAGAGGAGUAUGUGGUUAGGUGGCCUUCUGUAGAUGGACUGAUGGCAGAAACAUUAUCCCCUGUCUUCUCUGGCCCCCUGAGUGGUGCACUUGUUGGCAAUGAAAUCUGGAAGUAGAAGCUGCAGGGAUUGUGACAAACGUGAGGGGCCACUCUUUCUCACCCUUGUAGCCAAGAUACCAGUAUAGACUCUCAUUUGUUUGAGACGGAGGCUUGGACAAAGCUGACUGACCAAACACUCAGAGGAGCCCUGGGGAGGCAUCAUUUGUCCCUGUUUCACUGGAGUGGGUAGAGCCCAGUGACCCAGAAUUAAGAUGCUCUGGUUUCAAGGCAAUAGAAUACAACUUGCCAGAUACUCCUUUGGAAUCCUCUUGAGAAAUCUCUCUGCCUCUAAGACUACUCUGCCUGUGCUGACCUUAUUCACAAAGGAUCCAUGCCCCCUUUGUGAUGAAGCCAAGGAAGUACUCAAGCCUUAUAAUAACAGGUUUAUUUUGCAGGAGGUGGACAUCACACUUCCAGAAAAUGCUGCGUGGUACGAAAGGUAUAAAUUUGACAUUCCUGUCCUCCAUUUGAAUGGCCAGUUUCUGAUGAUGCAUCGAGUAAACAUCUCAAAACUUGAAAAGCAGCUCCUGAAACUUGAGCAGCAAGGUGCUGGAGGCUGACUAAUGCCGUCAUGAUUGUUCACCCUCUCUGUCCAUAAAGCAUCUUCCUGAGGAAAUGACCGUGGCCGCCUCAUACUCCUUUUGUCGCUUUCACACAGCCCUGAAGGAUGUUCUGAACUCAAUGGGUGCCAAGUAAAUGUUGACAUUCUUCUUCUGAUUGAUAGAAGCACAAAUACCGGAACUGUGUACUGUUUGCAUUUUAUAAAAUAAGAAGAGUGUGUCGACAGGGAGGGGGAUGAUGGAGGGAGGGAGAAGUCGAUUUGUGUUAUUUAUUUUCCCUUUUUGCAUUAACAUGGAGGCACUUAACACUCGCUGGCCAGUGUCAUUUAGAGGUAGAACACACUGCAUCCCUGCUGCUGCCCUGAGGCUUAAUUUUUUUUUUUUUUUUAAUUGUAUUUAAGGUGAAGGCUUACAAAACAAAUAG